CCCGAAAUAACAGAUGCGGAAGUGGCUGCACAGCACGAUGAAAUCAAACGUGUAGGUUAGGGGAGGCUCGACUGGCUGUCAUCGAGAAAGUUCCAGCACAAUCUAACUCUGACCGAGAAGCGACAGCGCAUAAAAAACACUUCGUCCGCCGAGUGAAACAUCUUCGACGUUGAAAAUGUCUGUUAUUUCCGAGGAAAAUGUGCGAGGAGGUGGGAGCGUUUUCAAGGAUAUUAGCGCGGAGGACGAUGACUGGCAGCCCACCGAAAUCGAGAGUCUGUGUAUGAACUGCUACCAGAACGGUAUGACUCGCAUGCUUCUGACCAGAAUACCUUUCUUUAAAGAAAUAAUCGUCAGUUCCUUCAGCUGCGGCAACUGCGGCUGGUCAAACACCGAAAUCCAGUCCGCAGGCCGGAUUCAGGAACAAGGUGUUUGUUACACACUUAAAGUCAAAACAAGACAGGACUUGAACCGCGAGGUCGUGAAAGCAGACAGCGCGACCACCAGGAUCCCUGAGCUGGAUUUUGAAAUCCCUCCCUUCACCCAAAAAGGCUCACUCUCUACCAUUGAGGGCCUUUUAGACCGAGCAGUUGCAGGGUUGGAGCAAGACCAACCUGUCAGGCGAGCAACUGACCCUGAGGUGGCUGAGAGAAUAGACGAGUUCAUCCAGAAGCUGAGGAAGCUAAAAGAUGUUGAAAAUGAGUUCACUCUGGUGAUUGAGGAUCCAGCUGGCAACAGCUUUAUUGAAAAUCCACUUGCCCCCCAGAAAGAUGAGGCUCUUACCCUGUCUCGGUUUAAGCGGACAGUCCAGCAGGACAUGCAGCUGGGACUCAGGGCUGAUGAUGACCUGGAUGAGGAACCAGCAGGCAACGACCUGGAGACCAUGAGAAACGAAGUUCUGGUCUUCAACACCAACUGCCCAGAAUGCAACGCGCCAGCCUCGACCAACAUGAAGCUCGUCCAGAUCCCUCACUUCAAGGAGGUCGUCAUCAUGGCCACUAACUGCGACAGCUGUGGACACCGGACCAACGAGGUGAAAUCAGGUGGUGCCACGGAGGAGUUCGGCACCAAGAUCACCCUGCACAUCACCGACACUUCAGACAUGACCCGAGACGUGCUCAAGUCAGAGACGUGCUCUGUCAUCAUCCCAGAGCUGGAGUUUGAGCUAGGGAUGGCAGCUCUGGGCGGGAAGUUCACCACUCUGGAGGGGCUGCUGAAAGACAUCAAAGACCUGAUUGUCUCCAAAAAUCCCUUCAUCUGCGGUGACAGCUGUGUCACAGAUCGGGUGCAGAAGCUGAGCGAGUUUGGAGAGAAGAUAGACAAGAUUAUCGCAGGAGAGAUGGAUGUCCACGUCGUCCUGGACGACCCGGCGGGUAACAGCUACUUGCAGAAUGUGUAUGCCCCAGACCCAGAUCCUGAGAUGACAGCUGAGAAGUACACCCGGUCAUUUGAGCAGAAUGAAGACCUCGGGCUGAAUGACAUGAAGACUGAGGGAUAUCAGGAGGAAAACUGAACUCCCAGCACCAGCUGAAAGGACUAAAUGCUUAUGUCUUGACAUAAACCCAGUGUAAUUACAUUGCCCCAUAUUUUCUGUCAUUUAAUACAUUUUAAGUUUAAGUUAAACAUUGGUUGAAUUGUUGUUUCCAUCAGCAUAUUAAUAAGUGAGGGGAAUUCUAAGUUAUGUAAAUGUACAGCAAAAAUAACCCAAAUAGAAAAACACAUAAGUAACGUGAUUUGUACAAAAACACAGGGAUGCUUUUCUUACUAAAGAUGAAUCUGGUGUUUAUUGCAUUCUUAUGACAACCCAGAAGAUGGUGCUGUGUCAUCUUUGAUUAAAAGGAGUUUUUCUUUCAGUGGACCACACACUGUGUGACAGAUUAAUCUUUUUACACACCUGUAAGCACGACAUCAUAUAAAUAAAGUGAUAUCUAAAUUGA